AGAAAAGCCAAACCCUGCCCUACUUAUGUCUAUUUCUUUUUCAUUUCAUUGCCAAUUUUCACCUUUCUCACUGUCCUCUAGUUAGAAAUUCAGGGUCCUACCAUAAGACACAGAUUUAUUCAUUCAUCACCACUUCUUGUAAUAAUAUUCUGCCUCAUUGUCCAUCGAAAAAUGCGAGGAUGGAGCAUAUUUCGCUUCGGAAUUUGCUUCGAUAGCUGCCGAGAUCACACGCAAACAUCAGGAUUCGGCAGCAGAAUCUACAACCUGAGUGAGAGACCAAUAGAGCUUCAAGUAAGAGUCGGAUCAAUUCUGAAAAGGGUUCAUACCUUAAAACCAGGAUGUUCUAAGAGGCUCAAGUGUAAGAGCAUAUACAAAGCCUAUAUGCCUGUCGGAGGAGGAGGUGGUAAGAAUAAUGAAGCAGGGCUGAAAAACUUGCUGUACUACUUUGAUGAGACUUGUCAUCCGUACAUUUGGAUUCACGACACCGGUGCCGAUUUCUCCAGGAUGGUUAAGCAGCAGUACAUUAGUCUUGAAGACUUGAGAGAUUAUUCUGAGAUCAGAAUUUUUAGGGAUCAUCAAAGAGGAUGCAUUUCGGUUCGUAAGAAAACUAGGCCUGAUUUUUGCUGAAUCUUUGUUCUUAGAUUCAAUUAGUUGUGUGUUUGUUUGUUGGGGAUUUAAGUUUGCUUCUUACACUUGUGCCCUGAUGUUUUUCUCAGAGGCUUUUUCAGACUUUUUGUUUUCGUUUUUGUUUCCGAAUUCGGUAUGUUCCAGUGUUUUCGUUUCUGUGCAAUAUAGUUUAUAACAGUUUGAUUGAUAGAA